AUGGUUGAUAUGGCGAGGUCAAAAUGCGCUGCUCCCGAUGGCGCCUCUGCAGAAAUCGCAGACGGCAUAGUCGAGCCUCUUGUGCAACAUAUCAAGGCUAGGAAGAACCCUGCGUCAUUUCAUUUCUACAAAGCUGUUGGCAGCCAGAGGUAUCGCAGACUCGCUGAUCCCUCCAAGAAUGUACAUGGAUUCCUACAAUCGAAGCUGCUGUCGCUCAGACGACUAGAUGAAAUGAGCGAACAUUUAUGGCUUGCAGGUGCACGACGUCCGCCCACGCAGCUGCAUUGGCAAGUUGCCCUUGGCCUCUCCACGAAAAGCGACUUCCAUAUUGCCGUUGAGAAGCGACUGUUACCGAGAGAGCCCGACGACUCAACAAUAACAUGGACGCAGUGGCAAUAUCUGGUGAGAGAACUCAUCGCCCAGCAUCACCCGGAUAAAAUUUAUCUUCGCUUCCCCCAUGCAGAGCUUCGCUUAUCGCGAAUCAACGCUAUUCCUCAGACUAUGAAGUUCGCUCAAGCAUACUUUGGUGGAUGGAAUAAUUAUUCCAGCUUCUUCCGUGACAAUCUCGCUUGGAUUGCUGCAAUCACCGCAUACAUGGUCUUGUUUUUAACCGCAAUGCAGGUCGGGCUUGCGACCGAGCAGCUUCAAAAUAGCCCUGUCUUUCAGAGGGCGUCGUAUGUCUUUACACUCCUUGGAAUUCUGAGGCCUAUAGGAUUGGGUAGUAUGGUAUUGCUGCGUGCCAAGUUGCCCAACGGUUUCACAAGCGAGCUUCAAAGCCGGGAUGAAAUUGAGACACGCAUGGCUUACAAAAUCUUUACGAUUGCCUUGGCUUUGGCCACUGGCGUUUCUCAAGUUGUCGCUCAGGAAUGUGCUCAAAACCUCUUAACCACACACGGCGGUGUCCAAUUCUAUCUCUAUGACGAUUCUAUUCCUGCAAACAACUACAGACCUCUUCAACUUCGCCCCAGCCAAGAUGGCAAGUUCAGCUACCUCGCUAUAGACAACAGCUCUCCGGUCUUUACUGCCAACCUCGAUAAUGGCGUUUUGGUCAGCGAAAGCAAGAGCUCUGACGGCACUCUUUUCGACACAGACGCUAGGGGUUUCCUGCAAAACUACACCAAUGUGGACAAUUACAUCCCACCUACUUUUGUAGGCCAGCUCGCCUUUGCCAAUACUUCAACCUUUUCCAACGCGUCUGAUGCCAACUGGCUUCUGGGCCCUUCAGGUGGAACAAACGUCUACAACCUCUGGCACAACGAGCCUGUCAACACGCUCAACGGAAUGCAGAUUUGCGAAGCUGAUUUUGAUCUUAAUGAAGAUGGCACUCCUUGGUAUUAUUUCCAAUACGUGGACUGGGUGGUCUACUACCCACCAAAUUGUGAAUUUGUUGCAAUUUUAACCAAGGUCACUACGCCGGACCUGCCUUCAUGCUAG